UACAAAACUCAGACUAUUAAAAACUGCGCCGUCGUCAAAAACAAGUCACGUUCGCAGAGCUGCCAGACUGGUUGUUUUCCUGUGUUUCUUGUCGGGUUCUGAGAGCUGCAGACAUGAAGUUUCUGCUGGUGAUCUUAGCCGCCGUGCUGGUGGUGACGGUGGAGGGGAUACUGCUGCCCAGGGAGUACUGUGAGUACACAGAGUGCGAGCCCCUGGAUCCAACAUGCGUGCCUUUACGACACACCAACCCGUACGAGUGCUGCCCGGUUUGCGGCACCCAGGAUGACGCAGACGCCCGUGCUCUCCAGGAGGCUGAGACAUGCCCCUGCGGAGGGAUCGAUCAGUGCGUGGAAGGUCUGCAGUGUGUGCGCUGUUUCCGCGCCGACACCGAGGGAACCUGUCAGAGGGACGACAGGUCCAGCGGCGUGUACUUCAGCAUCUACCAGCAGGUCCAGGGCUACUGGGGGCAACUGAGCGACUGGGCGUCCGCCACAUACGAUGACGUCAUCGCCAAGGCACCUGGUUGGUGGGACUCCGCUUCCACCAGCGUCUCUGAUUGGCUGGGCACCGCCUCCACCACGGUCACUGAUUGGUCCACCUCCGUCAGCGACUGGGUCAGCAGCUGGUGGUGAUGUGACCGCAUCCACACGCCAAGAAAGCCCGCAGCCAAACUUACAUUUUUUUCAGAUGAUUUUCCAAAUUCGUAAAGUAAAAUAACGUCGAAAUAAACUUGCACACGUCUCA